AUGCUUUUGAUUGCCAAAGGCAUCAUGUCUGGAGUGUCGGCGCAUGAAAUUGCGCAGGCAGCACAACGAGAUGUUCAAGGAGCACGAGAUGGCAAAAGAUUUCCGGAUCUGGAGAAACUGGCAAGUCUUGAACAAGGAAGAAAUCUCCUUCGAUCUGUGCACGACAGAUUACGAAGACAGUCCACUUUGCCCGAGCCUGUGAAGGUAGCAAUGCCAUACACAGACGGUUUACACGAGGCUGACAUUUUACUUCCGCAUGAAUGGUUUGCAGCUAUGUCUGAGGAUGACUUUAAUUGGGAAAGAACCAUUUGCCCCAAUGCUGAUCGCUUACCGGAUUUUUGGCAAGCUUGGGAAUCACAUCCAGGGAUGAUGCAUCAUCCCAUGAAACGUUUCGACAGUUGGCAGAGAAAGUUUAUACCCAUUUCCCUUCAUGGGGACGAAGUCCCUGUGAUGGGAGUUGGGAAAAUCUGGAGCCGCUCCGUUUUAUCCAUCACUUGGAUGAGCAUGCUGGCGAAUGGGCUUGGCGCCAAAAUGGCUGAUAUAGUUUUUUACAUUUGGGCCAUCUUCGAAAAAAAUUCACUUCCGUCAUCGACAGGCACUGUAGGCACGAUGCAAACGCUCUGGCGUGUGCUCCGCUGGUCUUUCCAAUGCAUUCUCAACGAAUCGCACACGACCUUGUGCGCAGUGCCGUGCUUCUUAUCACGGCAAUCUUUCUUGGCUCGAUAA